AUGAAUAAUCUUCGAUAUGGCUAAAUUAUAAGAAUAUAAGGAGAUUAAGGGAUGAUUGUUACAAAAGGGUAUAGUUAUCAAUGAAUAAUGUUAGAUACACAUAGACAAAUGUUUAUUAUAUGACAUAUACAAAUUUGGCCAAGAUUAGCAAUUAUCGGGAGUCUUUAUUUUAAGUGCUGCCUAAAGGAAGUUUUGAGAUUCACGAUGAAUUCAUGAAAUCUCAUAAAAAGUAAGUAUGCUAGUAUAAUAAAUUAGAGGGAAUCAAGAUUUACUAGAUUAACGAUUAAAGACAGAAUUGAAUUAAUAUUUUUCAUUUUUGGAAACUAAGAUCGAUGAGGAAGUUCUUUUUGGUUAAGAGAUAGUAUUGAAACAUUAUGAUUCUGAAUAUUUUUUGGUUGGAUCUUAUAAAUGUUCAGAAUAAUCAAUGGAAGCAUUUCAGGUAAGUUUGAGCAGUAAGCCAUCAAGUUAAGCUUUAUUUAGAAUAGAGGCAUAUUAAACUUAUUAGAAAGAUGGAUAAUGUAUAUAUUUUGAUGAACCUUUUUUAUUGGUGAACACAAAGCAAUAAUUUUGUUUAGAUUUUAUUGAGAAACCAAUAUAAUGGUUAGAUGAUGAAAGUUGUUUAACAUAUAUUAAGCGAUUAACUGAUGUUUAAAGACAUUAGGUGAUAAUUACAAACAACAGUAAGACUAGUUGGAAAAUGAAGUUAUUUAUGAGGAAUGAUUAGAGGAUUGAAAAGAAAUCAAUCAGGAAUAAUGAAUUAAUAUAUUUAUAAUAUACAGAAGAUGGAACUUAUUUAAAUGGAGAAUAACAGGUUGUUUCUUUGUAAUAAGCAGGAGUACAUAUUCCAUUAACAGCCAUUUGGGAAUUACAAGCUUUAUAACCUACUCUUGAAAAUAAACGGAAUCUACCACAAAUAAUUAAAGAGAAUACUAGAGGAUCAGUUUUUUAAAAUAAUUUAGAUCUUUUGAAAGAUUUUUCUAGAGUUGCUCCAAGAUAGAAAAGUGUUGUUGAAUAAUAAUAAUAAUAAUAAUAAUAAUAAUAAGCAUAAACAUAACUAAAUAAAAAAAAUUUUUAAUAAGAAUACAUUCUUAGAAAUUAUAUUUCUGGCAAAGUACUUACUUCCAGAAAUUAAUUGCCCUAAUUGCAUGAUUAUAUUUAAGAAUCAAAUUAAGCUGUUGAAAUUCUAACUGCAAAAUAAGGUUAAUAAGAUAUUAUUGAAAAUUCUUCUAUUUAAUUAUCUGUUGAUAAAGAAAUAUUAUAAAAUGUUGAAAUUGAAGAUUAAUGGAAUGAUAGUAUUAAAGAAAAUGAUGAAGUUGAGACAACUGUUAUAAAGAAGUAGUUAUCAUUUGAGGAUAAAGAACAUUAACAUGCUUUUUAAAUAAAAAAAGUAAAAGGAAACAUUAAAAAUAAUUUAAUGUUUGUUUUGUCAGCUUAAGAAGUGUUAUUUUAAUUUGUUUUGAUAUUGAAUAAAUAAGUUGAUAUUAUUUGGAAAUUACUUCAUAUUUAAUAAUUAUCAUAAGUAGUUGAAGUAAUUUAAUAAUUGAUUUAAUUUUUGUAAUUAGAAGUAGCAAAUCGUUAAUAAUGUAUUAAAGAAACAUAUAUUAUUGAUUUGGCAAUGAAAAUUUUAGUACCAAUUUAUGAAAAGAAGUUGUAUGCUACUGAUGUAAAGAAUUUACAAAAAAAAAUGAAGAAAAUAUUUAAAUUAACAUAUCAAUUAAUAAAAGAAUUAACAUAAAACAAUAAAUAGCUUAAAUAAGACAUGGGAAAGUAUUUAAAAGAUUUCUUAGAAUAAGCUAUGGAUGAUGAAGCAAGAGCAUAAGAUAGUUUAAAAGAAUUAUUAGAGGACAAUUAUGAAUCUAUUUAAAAGUUUGUAACUGAUGAUCAUAUUCAAAAAGUAUUUGAAAAAAUGAAAUAAAAUCCGAAUGAAAAAUAUCUAUCUAUUUUAAGUAGUAUUUGUGUUUGUAAAGGAAGAGCUAUUUUGAAGAAUUAAAUAUUAAUUUUAAAGUUAGUAUUUCAAAGUAAUGAAUUAUUGAAUUUUAAAUUUAGAUUGAAUACAAAAAAUAAAGUUGAAGUUCUUUGUAGAAUUAAUAAAUUAAAACCAAUGUGGAGAAGGAUUCGUUAAAUCUAUUAGGAAAGUCAAGAAUAAGAUGGAUUACAAACUUGGAAUUAUUUUUAAGGUUAUUUCAAUCUUUUAGGAGAUGUAUGUUAUAAUAGAAACAAAUUAGCGUAGGAUUUUGUUAAAGAAAAUAUUUCUAUAUCUAUUUUAUUAGCAUUAGUUGAAGAUAAUCAUUCUUAAUCUAUAAAUACAUUUGAAUCAUAUCUAAAAGUUAUUCAUCUUGCAUUUGUAGAUACUCCUGGAUAUCAAACACUUGUGAUUAGUAAAGUUAUAGAUUGGGAAGACAAUGAAUCUAUUUAAAUAGAAAAAAGAAUGUCUAUGAGAAGAAUUAGUAGUUUUGGAGGAUAAAACCAUCACAUUGCUUCAUAAAAUGUUAUUGAUCUUAACAAUAUAAUUAAAUAUGUCUAAUAAUUUAUUGCUAAAUUUACUCAUUUUACUUACGAUCAAAAAUAUAAUUAGACAUUGCAAAGAGUUUUAAUGAUUAUCAAAACAUUACUUACAAUGAAUUUGGAAAUUGAUACGAUGCAAUUAUUGUAAGAUUUACUUAGAAUUUGUUCAUGUCAAAAAGAUUUCUAAAAUUUAGAAUAAUAUAAAGGAGAAGAGAAUAUCAAAAAGGCUAAACAUAGAAUGACUAAAGUAUCAUCAGAAAAUAAACCAAUUAUGGAAUGUAAGAUGUUAGCUUCGAAUAUAAUUUUAAAUAUUCUAGAUUUAGAAAAUGAUAUUAGAAUUAAUGAAAUGGUUGCCUACUUUAGAAGUAAGAGAGAAAGUGAAUAUACAAAUGAAUCUGCAAAUAAUCCAUCUCCAAAAAAAGGUUUAAUUAGUGGCAUGGUUGGCUUUGUUCAUAGAUUUUCUAUUAAACCAACUGAAGAAUAAUAAUAAUUAUUAGAUAAUAAUAGUUCUGUCUUUAAAGACUUUGCUAAAAGUUUAAGUGGUUCAAAAGAUAAAACUGAACAAGAAUCUUACAAUAUUCCUUAAUGGAUUCAAGUCAUAUAAGAUUUGCUCAGUAACAGAAAUUUAUUCAAAAAUUUCAAUAACAAUGUAAUGUUAGUAUUUGUUGAAAUUUCAUUAAUGUAGGAACCAAAAAUGGUUGAAACAGCCUUAUAAUUAUUUAAUCGAAUGCUUGGAUAGAGAAGAGAAUUAAUAAAGCAUUUUUCAUAAAUAGUACUACUUUCUAAAAAUUGUUAAAAAAAUGUUAAAGAAUUGAUUAGUAAAUGUAUUCAAAUAAGACAGCGCUUAGAAUAAUUAAGUGAUAAAAAUGUUUACACGAUUACAAAAGAGAAUUAAAGUACUUCAAAUAUAUAAGUGGAUGAAAUUAUUGAAGAUCUUAAUAAGUUAUGUGUUUCAUUAAAAUCUUAAAGAUUUUCAAGUCAGGUAGAUUAAAUUUCAAUGGCUUUUAAUGAAUGUGAAGAGAAUGACAAGACAAAUUAAACUUUAUUUAAAGCUUUAGAUAUGCAUUAAACAUUAGUAACUUAUAUAUCUGGAGCAGAUGAAAUAAAUCCAUAUUUAUAAGGGUUAUUAAAUUCUUGUUACAAAUUUUUAACACUUUUUAUUUGGAAUCAUGCAACUAAUAAAAUUGAAAUAAAAUGGCCAUUAAAAUAAAUAUAUUUUCAUUUGUAAUACAAUUCUUGUUGUAUUGAUUUUGUAAGAGAACUUUAUCAUAAUAAUAAAGAAUUGCUUUACAAUGAAAAUGAAGUAUCUGUAGCUAUUAAAUCAAUCAUUCAGUAAAUGAAUAAAGAAAAACCAGAAAGUAUGUAUAGAGUUAAACUUUUUGAUUCAUUAAGAGUUUUCUUAUAUGAUCAUAAUAAGACAAUCAAAUUUAAUUAAUUAUAAAUUUUAGCUUUACUUUAAUAAAAAUAAAACAGGAAUUUAAUCUAUGUUUUGAAUGAAUUAUAAUCAGAAUUUUAAAUGGAUCCAAUCAGUAAACCUGAGACUCCAUUACAAAAAUCGAAAACAUGGGAUAAUGAAAGCUUUCAUGAUUUAAUUGAUGAAUACAGUGUUAAUUAUGAAAAGAUGGAAGAAAGUAAAUUAAUGCGUAUCCAACCGUAAUUAUAGUAUAUGAUUAUUCAUUUUGAAAUUUUCAGUUUAUUAGUAGAAGAUCAGUAAAAUUUUUUAUAUAUAUAGUAAUGUAAUAAAUUAAGAGAAAUGUAGAGUAAUGCAUCCUUUUGCUUCAUUAUUAUUUUUAUUGAAAAAUUCAUAUAAAAGUAAUUGUUGGCCAUUAUAGCAUUUUUUAAGAAGUUAUAUCAAUCGUCUUUAUUAUAAUAGUUAGAUGGAGUUGAUAAGUCAUUUAUGUAUUUCAGAAGAUUUAGAAGUAUGUUUAAAAUUAAUAAUAGAUAAUUCUACAUUAAUUAGAUUAAAUUCUAUUGUUAAAAGGAUGUAAUUAUAUAAAGCAAGUAUAAAUUGUUGAUGGUGUAAGAUUUUAGUUCAUGUUUUCUUACAUUUUCGCAUGUAUGUAGGAAAUAUUGUAUUCAAUUAAUUUACUAUUUAUAAAUGAUAAUUUUUUAUUAGAGUUAGAAGCUUAAUUAAGCAAAGAUAUGGAUAAUCUUAAAUAUCAUUAAUUGUUAUUUAAGAUAGCAGGUCACUUAGUAUAAAUAUAGAAGAUGUGGUUUAAAUCAAGUCAUAUAACACAUUUAUGCCAAGUUUUGAUAAAUAUUAUGAAGGUAGUAUUUAAGACAUUUGAUAAUGGUAUAUUGUUAAGAUUGGAGAAGUUAUUUAAUGGAAAUGUAAGUGAACCAUUGACACCUUUAAAGUAAGAAGAAACAUAAGAGAAAGAGGAUAAAUAGGAUGAUAAAAAUGAAGAGAAUGAGUAGGAAGGGAUAAUUAAUAGACUAUUAAUAGUUACAGAAACUAAAUUAUCUUAAGAUGAAAAGAUUUAAUCAAAUUUAUAAUAGACAUUAAAAAGAAUGUUUCAUUUAAAAUCAAUGAAGAAAUUAUCAACGAUAGAAGAACCUGAUAAUAAUGCAGAAUUGAAUAUUAGAUUGAUGAAAUUAAUCAAACUUUUUAAUGAGAAUGAAGAGUUUUAAGGAUUUAUUGAAUAAGAAUUCAAUUCAUUAUGUGAAGAAUUUACUAAAAUUGAUGAAUUUUCAUUAACAGCAUAUUAAACAUAAUAUCCAGCAAUAACUUUAGAAGAGUUUUUAAAAAAUUUAAUAUAAAUGAAUAUAACAUAUUAAUUAAAUGAUGAUUUGAGAAGUUACUUUUUAAAAAUAUUGACAAGAAUGAUAAGUGAAAAGAAUCCUAAUAUAAAUAGUAAAGAUGAAUAGGCGAAAUUAGCAAUAGAUGAAUGGGAUCCAGAAUUUUGGAGUGAUUCCAGAUAAUAAAUAUAAGAAAUUUAAUGUUUUUUAGCUGGAUGUGGUGCAGCUUAAUUGAUUUAUGAAAUGUUUAAAGAAAAUUUUGAUGAUAGAUGGGAAUUAUUUAAUUAAUUAUUGAUAUUUUCAAAUGCCUUUCUUUUAGGAGGUAAUACUAAAUGUUAAGAUUCUUUGCUUUAAUUAUUGAAAUAAGAUUCAUCUAAUUAAAUGAUGAACAAUUUAUAAUAGUCAAUUCUUAAGUUCAGUAAAUUUGUAAAUACUAAUUUUAAGAUUCAAAAGACUAAAUAUUAAAAAGAUAAAUAAAAUCCAUUUUUAUCGAUUGUUUAUGUUGAUAAUUUAACAUAAUUUAGUGAGAAAACUGAAACUUUAAAAAGGACUUUACCAUCUGCUAUAGAGAGUCAAAAUACAAUUAAAAAUAGAUAAUUAUCAAUUAAAGUAAUGUGGAGAGCAUUCAGAAUGUUAUAAUUAAUGUGUGAAAAUAAUAAUGUAUAAAUGAAAAACUAUUUAAGAGAGCAAACAGAUAAAGAAGAGUCAGUGCAUAUUAAUAGUAUUAAUUUUAUUGAGUUUGCCACUAAAGAAUUAAGAAUAUUAUUAAAAAUACUUAAUAAGAAUGUAGUAUCAAUAACUCAAUAAAUAGUAGAUUUUAUAAAUGAAGUUAUAUAAUUACCUUGUUUUUAGAAUUAAGUAACUUUAUGUAAAUCAACUUAUAUGGAAGAUGUUUGUUUUACAUUUGAAACAUUUUCAAAAGAUGAAAGUCAAUUAAUUUAAAGGGAACUUCAUACUUCAGAAGAAUAAGAUGAAUUGUUUGAAUUAUAAGCUAAAAUUAUUUAAUCCAUUAUGUUAGUUUUAGAAGGAAAUAAUCAAAAGAAUUAUGAGGAAUUAUAAUAAAAAUUAGAUUCUAGAUUUUUGGUUAAUUUUAUAAAAUUAAUAGUGUAAAAAGUAGGAAUUGAAAAGAUCUUUGAUUUUAAAAAAGAGGUUAGAUUCUCAGAUGAAAUUUAAUAGAUGCUCAAUGUUUUCAUAAUAAAAGAGAAAAUAGAAUAUGUAAGUAAAGAUCAAAAAUGGGUUAAACAUUUUAAAUAAGAAUUUGAAAGUAACUCAACUUUGAAGGAUAUUUAAACUAUGUGUUUGAAUAAUUUAAGGAAAAUUGAAAUUUUUUAUGAAAAUGAAUAUUAAAUGGUAUUCUUUCCUUCUCAUCCAGUGUUUUAAUUUUUAAGUGAUGAAACUAGAGAUAAAAUUAUGUUUAAAAUACCCAGAGAUACAUAAAGAAAGAAAUUGAUAUCUCUACUAGAAGAAAUGGAAAUGAUUUUUAGAGAAAUCACUUACAAUUUCAGUUUAUAAAAUUGGAUUAUACCAAUAACUCAUAAAACUAUUUAAUUAUUAAUAAAUAUUUCAUAAUUACUAUCAUUGAUCAUAAAUAUAUUUAUGAUUUUUGCAUAUGCAGUACUGAUUAAAGAUAAAUAAUCUACAUUAGUAACAGAUGAUUAUGAAGAAGCUACAUUAUUUAUACUUUCAUUAUUAUAAUUCAGUUUUAGUUUAUGUGCCUGCACAUUUUACAUAAUAAGUAGAGCUUCAUUAGAAUUUAACAAACUUAAAUAAGAAUAAUUCUCUUUGACUAAAAUCCAUUCUUAUAUUAUUUAAAAGAUAUCUAAUUUUAUAAUAGUUUUUAAAGGAGAAGAUUUCCUAUCUCAUAUAUCAUUUACUGCAAUUGCAUUUUUAGGAUUAAUUUCAAAUAAAUAUUACUUUUCAUUACAUUUGUUCUAUUUAUUUGGACAAUUAUCAUUAUUAUAAAGUGUAUUUUAAGCAAUAUCUCAUAAUGCAAAAUAACUAUCUUUAGUUGCUUUGUUAGGAGUGUUAUUUUAAUUUGUAUUUAGUAUAGUUGGAUUCAAUAAUUAUGUUGAUGACAUCUAUCCAGAAUAAGUAGAAGAUCCAUGUCAUAGUCUAAUAAGUUGUAUGAUUACUUUGAUGACUUCUGGAGUAAUUGGAAGUUCUAUGUCAUAAUGGGAUCCUUUGAAAUUCAUUUAUGACACAGUGUAUUUUGUCUUUUUUGCUCUAUUAUUUACAAAUAUCAUAUCAGGUAUAAUGACAGAUACAUUUGCAUAAUUGAGAGAUUAAAGAACUUAAAUUGAAGAUGAUAAAAAGAAUAAAUGCUUUAUUUGUGGAAUUGAUAGAUAAACUCUAGAAAAACAACAAGAAGAUUUUGAAGAACACAUAAAGAGUAAACAUUUCUUAUGGAAUUACGUUUUUUAUAUCUAUUGUCUUUAGAAUAAGGAUUCUACAGAAUAUACUGGAUUAGAGUAUUGGAUUAUGGACAAAGUUUAAUCCGAAAGUGUCAGUUGGUUUCCGAUCAGAUCUGAAGAUGAAGAUGAUCGUAAUAAAUAGAUUGAAUUAUUACGAUAAAAAAUUGAAGAUCUUGCUUAGUAAUUAAAGACAUAAUUAUUACAAUAAUAAAUUUUUGAAGAAUGA